AAUCCGGCAGAUCGAAGAUGGAUUCGGCGUUUGUAAUUGUGUGCAUUGUGCGUGGGAAGCAGGUGUUCAUAUGUUGUCUUGAAUCAUAAUAUCACUCAUCUGCUGUAACUUACUUAAUUGGAACUGAAGGUUAGAUACAGUGUACAACUUGGCGAUUGUUUGAAGUUAUGAUAGACCAUCCAAAGCAGCUUUGCAAGAAAGCUGAGCCUUGCAUUGCAUCAGCCAGGCUACUCUGCAAAAACCCAAAAAGGAACCAUUUUUCACAGAUUGCAAUGGGCUGCCGGGACGUUCAUGCUGCGACAGUCCUAGCCUUCCUCUCUGGAACAGCUGCUUUAUCAGGACUCAUUGCUGCUGCACUGCUUCCAAACUGGAGACAAAUGCGACUCUACACCUUUAACAAAAAUGAGAAGAACGUGACCGUUUACACUGGGCUGUGGAUUAAGUGUGUUCGCUCUGAUGGCAGCAAAGACUGUGUCAUUUAUGACACCGAGUGGUAUACAGCAGUCGAUCAGCUAGAUUUGCGUGUCCUCCAGUUGGCUCUUCCUAUUAGCAUGUUGACCACAGUCUUGGCCCUUUUUCUCUGUUUAAUUGGCAUGUGUAACACAGCCUUUGUAUCCACGGUGCCCAACAUCAAGCAGGUCAGAUGCCUCAUCAAUAGUGCAGGCUGCCAUCUUGUGGCCGGCCUUUUCUUUCUUCUUGCGUGCGUCAUUUGCCUGAUACCAUCAGUUUGGGUCAUCUUUCAUAAUAGAGACCUGAAUCAAAAAUAUGAGCCUGUUUUCACUUUUGACAUUUCUGUUUACAUUGCUAUUGCCAGUGCAGGUGGCUUAUUAUUUACAGCUAUUCUCUUAUGCCUCUGGUACUGUGCAUGCAAGACUUUACCUUCUCCUUUCUGGCAGCCUCUAUAUUCGCAUGCCCCUAGUGUGCACAGCUAUGCUUCCCAGCCAUAUUCUGCGCGAUCACGGCAUUCUGCCAUUGAAAUUGACAUCCCUGUGGUUACACGUACUUCUUAAAAGAAUGGGUUAAGAAAGGCAAACAUUCCUUUGUGUAUUCUCCCCUUAUGCUAACAUUUACAAGUUCCCACAGCUUAGCAACUUCUGCAACUAUAGCAAGGGUAUGUGUAAUUUGGUGACGUUUACUUUUAUUACCUAGAUUGAUAAGAAACAGGAAUGAGCAGGCUGAAAUACUAGAAGCAACUGCAAACUUUUAAGGGCCUUUGAAACCAGCAGUUUUUGUAAGUUUAUAAAUAACAAACUUUAGUAUCAUCUUACUUUUGCAGAACUCAAGUUUCUUCCAUAAAAUAUAGUACUGAAAAAUG